CAUUUUGUUUGCUUUUGGUUAAUUCACAACAUCCGUCUCCCUGACGCAGGGUUAGACUAGAGGUGACACCAGAGGGAAACGCGUGAGGAGGCGGUACUUCUGUGAACAGAGGUUCUGAUGGCGGAGGCCGCGCUGAUGGACCCGGCGCAGGUUCCCAUGGACUCGGAAGUAGUUAUGGAUCCUAUGCAGGAGCAGGUGACGUUUGAGGAUGUGGUCGUGUACUUCUCUCAGGAGGAGUGGGGGCUCCUGGAUGACACUCAGAGGCUCCUGUACCGCGACGUAAUGCUGGAGACCUUUGCGCUUACGGCCUCACUGGGAUAUGCGUCUUCCAUGUCCCAUGGGAUUGCCUGCCUGGAGCUGGAUGGCAAAGCCCAGGUAUCUCACUGGACAGACAUGACUCCGGCCAUGACCAGAGAGGCUCGGGAUAGGCAUGGCCCUGGUUGCUGGCAUAGAAUAGAAGAAGAGGAAAUACCUUUCGAGCAGAAGGUUUCUGUAGAAGGCGUAUCACAGAUCAGGACUCCCAAAGCAGUCCCUUCAACCCAGAAAGCCCACCUCUGUGAGACAUGUGGCCCAGUCUUGAAAGACACUUUGCACUUGGCCGAGCACCAGGAAACACACACUGGGCAGAAACCAUAUGGAUGUGAAGUGUGUGGGAAACAGUUCUGGUUCAGUGCAGACCUUCACCCCCAGAAGCAGCGCAAUGGAGAAAAACCCUUCAGAAGGGACGAGGGCCAGGACUUUCUUUUGAACAGCUGCCUUGUCCGACCAUUGGAAAUAUCCUUAAUGGCUGGGGAAGAUUGUAAGGACUUCUCAACUAACUCAGGGAUUUUCCAGCACCGUAGUCCUCACAGUAAGUGGAAGCCGCACAGUAACACCAAGUGCAUGGAGGCAUUUCACAGUGGACAGAAGCAUUACGAGUGCGGCGACUGUGGCAAGGCCUUCAACCGCAAAGACUCACUUGUCCAGCACCAGAGAGUCCAUACCGGAGAGAGGCCUUACAAGUGCGGCGAGUGUGGGAAAACCUUCAGCCGGAAACCCAUACUUGCUCAGCACCAGCGCAUUCACACUGGAGAAAUGCCCUAUGAGUGUGGUAUAUGUGGGAAGGUAUUUAAUCACAGCUCCAACCUUAUUGUGCACCAGAGAGUCCACACUGGAGCAAGACCUUACAAAUGCAGCGAAUGUGGGAAAGCCUACAGCCACAAGUCCACACUUGUUCAACAUGAGAGCAUCCACACUGGAGAGAGGCCAUAUGAGUGCAGCGAGUGUGGGAAGUACUUUGGCCACAAGUAUAGACUCAUUAAGCACUGGGGCGUUCAUACAGGGGCAAGGCCUUAUGAGUGCAUUGCGUGCGGGAAGUUCUUUAGCCAAAGCUCUGACCUUAUUGCACACCAGAGGGUUCACAACGGUGAAAAGCCUUAUGUGUGUGGCGAGUGUGGGAAAGCCUUUAGCCACAAACACGUGCUUGUCCAGCACCACAGAAUCCACACUGGGGAGAGGCCAUACAAGUGCAGCGAGUGUGGGAAAGCAUUCAGACAGAGGGCUUCCCUCAUUCGACACUGGAAAGUUCACACUGGAGGAAGGCCUUAGGCUAGCAGGGCGUAUGCCACCUCCUCAUCCACCAUAGUGAUUAAUGCCAGGGAGAAGCUCUGUGAGUUGCCUUUGAAGGAACUGGAAAUUGAACCCCAUUUAUUUGAACACCCACCCCAGGGAGAUCCUUCUGAGGGCCAGCUCCACGAGAAGCUUUCUGGAGCAGUGUUGCACUUUGUCACCUUUGUCACCCAGGGCCCUUGCCAGAGUUCUAUCACUGCCAGUGUCUGAAAGAAGCCACCAAUCUGUGCAAUGGCAGGUUCGUCAAUUGUGCAUAAGUCACCCAGCACACUUUGGUAGGCAGGCCUGGGCACUUCCCCAACUCCAGUGUUCUGAACCCAUUGAAUAUCCUCCCUCCUUCCUGUCCCCGCCCCCAGCUGGUUUAAACACAGGCGUGACCCAGUUUGGGCCAGAAGGAUGCAAGCUUUAUUUUGCUGGCUGCUUGCAGGUAGGGUUCCCAGUUUUCAUGGACUUUGGUCUCACAGCAUUUCUGAUAGAUUUGUCCAGCCUCCAGGUCACCUACCUUGGGAAUUGGCUGCCUCAAUAUUCUGGUUUUGCAACAAAUUCCUUAUUUUUUAAACCACCUUUAAUCUUGGGGUUCCGUUGACUUUGUGGGUUGGGAUGAGAACAGAAAUGGGCUCUGCCAGCACCAAGUCAUGGGCAGCUGUUGUGAGAGCGCCAACUUGUGUAUCAGUGGUGUGAGUAGAACUGCAAAGAACAGCUGUUCUAGUUUCAGCCUACCUGGCAUUGCUGCUCAAGGCCUCAUAUUUCCCAGCCCUCUUGAGGACUUGACCUCCUGGGACCUGCCAGCAUCCCUGAAAUCUAUUCAGUAAGCAGACAUAACUGUCCCAUAAAAGGACUAAGAAUCAUAAUUAGCACAGAGACACUGAUUAAUAGGGAGUUUGGAGACUGCAGCAAACUGUAGGGAAUGUAACUCUUGUAAAGGUGUAGCCACAAAUGUUUCCGUCACUGUAGCUUUGGUACGAGAGCUUACAGAAAUUCUCCAGGCUCCCAUAUUUGUGUCUCAUGGCUAUGGUCACUGUCAAAGCAAUCGGUCCAAAGAUUUUCUGCAGUAAACUGCGUAUAUUUAUAGUGUACAAUUUGGUAAAUUUCAAUACAUGUUUGCACUUGUAAACCAAAUUUUUUUAUUCCCUUUAUAACCAUCUCCUUCACCCAUACCUAUGUACCCACUCAUCUUGCUUUCUGUUACUAGAUUUGUUUGUAUUUCCUAGAAUUAUACAUGGAUAUACAGAGAGAAUAAUUUAACACUUUA